AUGAAAGAAGAUCGAAAAUUAAAUAAAAACAAUCAAGGAUUAUACUAAUGGAUUGUUCUUACAAGUUUUUGCUUGAAUUCGUAUAUAAGAAUAUAUAUUUUAGAAUAUCAAAUAUAUUUAUGUUUACAGGAUUAUCACCAAUUUGGUCUUAAGUGGCCAUUUAUUAUGGUACUACUGACUAUGAUUUAAAUUGGUUUCCAAACAUGUAUUACAUUACAUUAAUGUCAUUUUCCUUCCUUUUCAAUCCUAUAAUAAUUAAAUUUUUUGGAAUCUCGUAAUUAUUAAGUUGUUGCUUAACUUCAUUAGGAUUAUGGCUAUUAUUUUAUGUAAAAUAAAAUUUUUAGUUGGGACUUUUAAGUUUUGGAUUAAUAGGUUUAGGAGAAGCCUUUUAUUUUUAAGUUCCAUUACGUAAUAACAAUCAUUUAAUAUAGAUUUAUCAAAGCUUUGGUUCACUCAUGAUCAAAGAAUUAUAUCAACUUUUAUUGCAUAAUAUUCAAAUAAUGUAGGAAUGUUAUUAGGAUAUACAGUUUCAUCAUUAUAUUUUAAUGAGAUAGUACUUAUAUUAUAAUAAGAAAAGGUUGAUGAAAAUGAAUUUAACAAACGAUUUGAAAAUUUGA